AUGUCCUCCACGCUUCUUCCAUGCUCUUCUCCUCCUCGCCUCCUCCUCCGCUGCUCCGUGUCAACUCCCUCUACACAGCAAAGCCUCCCUUCACCGAUUCCAUGGUUGCUUCUGCUCCCAGUGCAUCAAACAAGCGCCUCUCUCACUAUCAAUGAGAAUUACGACUCUGAUGUUGGAGACGACAUUGAGACUUUCCUCAACAAAAUUGUUCCCGAAGGAAGAUCUGCCCUUGGAAGCAUACCCUCGAAGGUCAGUUGUCCUCUACUUCACUCCAGGUUUCCUUUAUAUAUGUUUACAUACAUCUUUAUCAUUUUGGUUUCUUUCCUCCCACUCGAGGGAUUGCAAAAAGUAAUGCUAUUUUUACCAAGUUUCUAUUCUUAUGGUUUGCUUACUAUUGCGAUGGCAAUGCUUUAUGAGAUGAAUUAUAGUGCUGGGGGAUCAACUGCUUCCCCUUCACAGAGGGGCCAAGUGAAAAGUAGGUGGAAAAUAUGGGAGCAGCAGAAAUUUUCGUUCUCUGUUAGUACUUCAUCAUUUUCAGGGUGAUAUUGGGUGGCAAAUGAUUUCUAAGUUUAGCAGGCAAUAAGAUUGCGAAGAAUAAAUGCAUGCAAGUAAACAGAUAUUGAUCUCCCGAAUGAACUUAAAGUUGAUAAAAUUCAAGUAUGUGUGUAGAGAAAAAGAAUGAAUAAUUAAGCACUUGAACGAGAACAAAUGAAUUGAAUGUAUAUACAAGGGCAGGGCAUGGAUGAGAAUAUUGGGCUAGCGCAUCAUGACAGAAAA